AGAGACAGAGAGUUGUAAGCAGUAACACAUUGGUGAGAAUAGGGAAGCAGGCGCGCGGCACGGGGACCCGCCGGAAGAAGCAGCAGCAGCAGCUUCAGCGCGAGCUGGACGCAGACCGACAAAACACCGGCGGCACGAGCGACACCGAGGCGGCUAGAGGGGCGGAGAGGAGGAGGAGGAGGCACCUGCACCGCGACUCGUUCUCCCCCGCUGCCUCCGUCGUCUCUCCCUCUCGCUCUUCAGCUCUCCUCACCCCUCGUUCCUCUCGGACCGCCGCCGCUUCCUCGUUAAGAUGGCUGACCCCAACAGCGACGGAGAGGUACCGGAGAGCGCGCGCGGCUUCGCCCGUCAGGGAGCCCUCCGCCAGAAGAAUGUGCACGAGGUGAAGAACCACAAGUUCAUCGCGCGCUUCUUCAAGCAGCCCACCUUCUGCAGCCACUGCACGGACUUCAUCUGGGGCUUUGGGAAACAGGGAUUCCAGUGCCAAGUGUGCUGUUUUGUUGUCCAUAAGCGCUGUCAUGAGUUUGUCACCUUUUCUUGUCCGGGGGCGGACAAGGGACCUGCCUCUGACGAUCCUCGUAGUAAACACAAGUUUAAGGUCCACACUUACUCCAGCCCCACCUUCUGUGACCACUGUGGCUCCCUCCUCUACGGGCUGAUACACCAGGGCAUGAAAUGUGACCACUGUAUGAUGAACAUCCACAAGCGGUGUGUGGCCAACGUCCCGAGCUUGUGUGGGACAGAUCACACCGAGAGGAGAGGGCGCAUCCACAUCUCUGCCCAGAUCACUGAGGACACUCUCACCGUCAUCAUCAAAGAGGCUAAGAACCUGGUGCCCAUGGACCCCAAUGGCCUGUCAGACCCCUACGUCAAGCUCAAACUGAUCCCAGAUCCCAAGAGUGAGAGCAAACAGAAGACCAAGACCAUCAAAUGUUGCCUCAACCCCACCUGGAAUGAGACCUUCACUUUCCGCCUAAAAGAAAGUGACAAGGACCGCCGUCUCUCGGUGGAGGUCUGGGACUGGGAUUUGACCAGCAGGAACGACUUCAUGGGAUCCCUGUCCUUUGGGAUCUCAGAGCUACAGAAACUAGGGAUAGACGGAUGGUUUAAGCUGCUUUCUCAGGAGGAAGGAGAAUACUUUAAUGUUCCUGUCCAGCCGGAUGGAGAGGACGGUAACGAGGAGCUACGACAAAAGUUUGAGAGGGCGAGGGUGGGACCAGGGAAGCCCACAGACUCUUCUUCCUCCUCCUCGGUGUGCAAGUAUGACAGCAAUGGCAAUCAGGACCGUGUCAAGCUCUCGGACUUCAACUUCGUCAUGGUUCUGGGCAAAGGCAGCUUUGGCAAGGUGAUGUUGGCUGAGAGGAAGGGGACGGACGAGUUGUACGCCAUCAAAAUCCUGAAGAAGGACGUGGUGAUCCAGGACGAUGACGUGGAGUGCACCAUGGUGGAGAAGAGAGUCCUCGCUCUGUCUGGGAAACCACCUUUCCUCACUCAGCUGCACUCCUGUUUCCAAACCAUGGACCGGUUGUAUUUUGUGAUGGAGUAUAUAAAUGGAGGAGACCUUAUGUACCAGAUCCAACAGGUUGGCAAGUUCAAGGAGCCUCAUGCUGUGUUUUAUGCUGCAGAGAUUGCCAUCGGACUCUUCUUCCUCCACUCCAAAGGCAUUGUGUAUCGGGAUCUGAAGCUGGACAAUGUGAUGCUGGACUCUGAAGGCCACAUAAAGAUCGCCGACUUUGGAAUGUGCAAAGAGAACAUGUAUGACGGCAUCACCACAAAGACCUUCUGUGGAACGCCAGACUACAUCGCUCCAGAGAUCAUAGCCUAUCAGCCUUAUGGGAAGUCUGUGGACUGGUGGGCCUUUGGAGUACUGCUGUACGAAAUGCUAGCUGGACAGCCGCCUUUUGACGGGGAGGAUGAAGAUGAGCUGUUCCAGUCCAUCAUGGAGCAUCACGUCUCUUACCCUAAAUCCAUGUCCAAAGAAGCUGUUGCCAUCUGCAAGGGGCUGAUGACCAAACACCCAUGUAAGCGUCUGGGCUGUGGUCCAGAGGGGGAGAGAGACAUCAAAGAGCACGCCUUCUUCCGCUAUAUAGACUGGGAAAAACUGGAGAAUAAAGAGGUGCAGCCACCUUUCAAACCUAAAGCUUGUGGGCGUGAUGCGGAGAACUUUGAUCGCUUUUUCACGCGCCACCCCCCAGAGCUGACCCCCCCAGAUCAGGAGCUUAUAGCCAACCUGGACCAGGAAGAAUUCCAAGGCUUCUCAUUUGUUAACCCUGAGUACACUCACUCAAUCCACUGACCAUGCCACAUAUCACUGGGCUGCACUAGUAAUCCCCUACACCUCAGACACACACACACACACACAAAAAAAAAAAAAGUUUAAAAAAUCACCAUGAUGUCAUAUCCAGGCUGCAUUCGGCAGGGUGAAACGUUAAAGAAAUAGUAAGGCAUUUUGGGAAAUGCACUUAUUUAUCUUCUUUUUGCCAAAGUGAGAUGAGUAGGUUGAAAUCAGUCUCACUUUACGGUGUUAAUUGUGAAGCUAGAGCGCGGGAGGGAUUAGCUUCGUUUAGCAUAAAGUUUGGCAGCAGAAGGAAACUGCAGGACUCUCUCCAAGCUCCAAUUUAUGCCUACCAGAAGUAAAGUAACUAAUUCGCAUGUUUCUCAUUUGUUUGAUCCAUACACAAACAUGAAUGUUUUCUUUAAUGUUUAGCUAACUAAAUCUCCACAGCAAAGCAAAACCUUUUUUUCUCUUGAGUUUUUAAAAAGCAGUAGCCUACCUUAUCACUGUGAUGUGAAUGUAAUCAAGGAAAAGAUUUUUCCAUUAGCCGCAGCUGUAGCUCGUGUUUGGUCAUAGUUAGAAAAUGUUAGCAUACUAAUAUGCUAAACUAAGAUGGUGAACAUGGUAAACAUCAUAUCUGCUAGGCCUUAGCAUGUUAACUUUGUCAUUUUGAAGAUUUUAGUAUGCUGACUUAAGCAUUAAGCUCAGAGCACCCCUGGACCCAAGUACAGCCUCCCAAAUUUUGUAGUAGUCAACUGCCAGUAAGCAUGGUAAUAGAUUAGCGCACUAGCGGAAGUUUAGCUUGGCUACACCCGUCAGUCACGUGACCCUCACCUUUCUGCUCGAGUCUUUUCCUCUAAAAGCCACACAUUAGGUGGGUUUCCAUCUACCUGUUUUAAUGCACAUUUUCAAUUUGUGCAUUAGAAAACCUGAGUGGAAAUGCCACAAAUUCGGGGAAAAAACCUUUAAAAAAGUGAAAAAGUCAAUGUGUCCAUAAACGCAAAAUGCAAUAAAGUACAAUGGAAACAGACUUAGUGAAUAAAUCAUGACUUCAACGUAGAUUGACUGAAAAAUAGCAGCAGAUAAAAACAUCAGAUCUGUGUGGAGCCAUGAGGAGACAAUACAAACAAACAAAAAUGCUAUAUUUUAUCAUGUUUUCUACAUUGUUUUUCACCAUCUGAAGUUUGACUGUUGCUCUUUUCAUUACAUCGACUUGUUGCGCCCUCUUCCUCUGUGAUGCUUUAAUGGCACCCGACUGAAAAUUAGCACCACCAGCUGUUUAUCUUGAUAAACCAGCCUCCUAAUAAUCACAUAACAGAAGAGAAUGAAAACACACAUUAGUUCGCAUUUUCUUUUGCCAGUUUUCUUCUAAUUUGAUUAAAAUCCUAUAACCCUGGAUAUAGUCGUUUUUACAUUUCUCCUUGUGCAUGAAUUGACAAACAAACAAAUAAGAUAAAACGUCUUCAUUAGUGAACUUUACUUCUGGUAGCCAUAUCUUUGAGGAGAAUCAGGUUAACUGUUUGCUCCAGGCUUGCGUCAUUAUGCAAAGCUUGGCUAAUUGCCUCAUGACUCCAGCUCUCUAUCUAAUUUAAAGGAGUGGUAUCAAUACUCUCAUCUGACCCUCGGACAGAAAUCAAAUAAGCAUAUCUCUCCACCAUGCCAAACUAUUCCUUUCAGUAACGUUCAGAUGGAAAUGCAGACAGGUGCUCAAAUGCUAACAGUCAGGAGAAAUAAUCAGAUAUUCAUGUGUCAAGUUGCCAGUAGGAGACUAGUCUGGUUUCCAGCGGUGACACUGUUUUCAUUUUACUGUGGAUGAACAUGUCACGCUCCACUGCUGCUCUCAUAUCAGCUUUACUGGCUGUAUCUCUAUCUUUAUCCCUGAAUGCUGCCCGGCUGCUCACACCAGCAGGUUCAUGUUAGAGUCCGACAUCAGGACCCACCUGAACCUGGCCUGUCCGUGUGUCACCCUCCCUGUAAUUGCAUAUUGACUAUGACGACCUUUCAGUAAUAUAUUGAUGAGUGUACUAUGAUCACAUAUUGGUAAUAUUCAUACAGUGGAAGUGAAAACUGACCAGUUGCUUUGCUAUGAUUGUUUUGAAUACUAAUCAGUUUCCUAAUGUUGACUUUACUUUUGUCUAUAGGACCAAAUACUUCUUCACUUUAUGUUCAGUCAGUGUUGUGGUGAGCUUAUCUGAUUUCAUGCUGAUUUCAUUUUUAACCAGUUGGAGGAUAGAAGUCUUUACACAUGCAACAGUGUAAGCCUGCGACAAGUUAAGAGGUUUUUGACUGAACGGUCAUUACUUUUCUCCUGAUUCAUUACUGAAAACAUUCACCACAUUACACUGUGUUUUUAAUGACAGAGGACAUAUCUCUUAGCUUGUAAACAACCUUCUGUGGAGAAUUUCACAUAUGACGAAGCCCUGUAGAGUCUUGUGAGCUCACAGAAACAGGAUGUCCAAAAGUGCCAAAAUAGGGUUCAGAAUCAUGAAAGUGUGGACAAAUAUUGUCCUCAGCAACUGUGAUGAAGGGCAGCCAUCUUGUGCCAUUUUGCAGUACAUGUAUAAUUAUUAGAAUAUGCAUUUUAGCUUAUCUGUUCUCCAACAAUACAAUACAAUACACUUGGAAAGUCAUUUUCAUAUAUAAAAUGAACUGUCUGAGAAGACGUGUGUUUCAUUGUGUGGCAGGUUGUAUUUUCCUUUUGUAACUGUGUAUCGAUGCAGGGUAGUAACAAUGUGUCAAAUCUUGUUCUUUGAGCUUGUAUCAAAAAUGUAGGCGGCAACAGGGCGACAUCAAAGAGUUGUUUCUGAUAUACAAAGAUGCUCGCUGAUUUAAAAAAAAUAAAGAAAGAAAGAAAGAAAAAGACUGAUUCUGGCAGGUGGAAAAAAGUGAGAGUUAUUGUGGUGAUGGUAACAAUGAUGAAUCAGCGAUGGCAUAACGAGAUAUAUAAUGGAGAAAAAAUAUAUUGAAUUCUAUAUCGGAGAGCUAUUUGGAUAAAUUGUUCUGAAUGAGAGAGAUGCUUCUGUGGAUUGUGUAAUUGUCUUGUAUGACUGGAAACUGAUAAUAUACUCACUGGUGCCUACCAGACUACUU